UUGGUGAUCUCUGUAAAUGGUUGAAGCUCGGAGAAAUUGUGAUAACUGUUUGAAAUAAUCUGUUUGUUUCCGCACACGUCCAGGCAGUGUAUCUGCUAAUGGUGAAGGAGCAGUACCAUUGGAUCAUCACUAGCCUAAACGCUCCUCUUGGCGACAUCAGUUUUGAUGCUUUCCAAGACACGGGUGUCAGGGCGACGUUCUUUCAUCCUAACACUGAGCGGAAUACUAAUGGCACUACCGGUCGAAUGUUCGAACGCCUGGUGCUGGACGGCGCCUUGUCUCUGGCCCACUCGGCGGUGGAGGCGGCUCGUGCCGUAGACAGAGGAGAGCUGACGGCGGGACAAGCACAGUGUCGUCUGCGGGACUAUAUCACAGAGAUUGAGUUUGAAGGCUACACCGGUAACGUCCACUACAAGAAUGUGAGCGUCUCCACUAGACUCCGGAACAACUUGGUCAUGGAUCUGAUGGAGAACACCGGCAGUGACCUGGUCAAGGUUGGGAAGUGGAGUCAGGUAGACGGCGCCAACCUGACCUCCCAGUUCAACUCCAGCUUCUUCACCAACCCCGUGCUGGGCGGCAAAGUGCUCAAGAUCAUUUCAAAACAGAGAGACCCUUGGGUCAGGCUGAAGCAACACGCCGACACGGAGGGUCUAAUAGGGGUUGAGCGGUACGAAGGUUUCCUCAUCGACAUGCUGAACCUCAUGGCCAAGAGACUGAACUUCACUUUCACCAUUGACGUGCGCGACAACAUCACGAUCGGAUCCCAGAACGAGACGGACGGCAGCUGGGACGGCAUGAUCGGCCUGCUGGCAAGACAUGAGUACGAUCUCGCUCUGGACGCAGUGUCGACUCGCUCCUUCCGUCUGCAGGCCGUGGACUUCACGGAGCCGAUAGAGAUGGCCGGGUACUACCUCAUCAUGAGGCGGCCCUCCAGGGCUGCACCUGGGCUUCUAGAGUUUCUCAAUCCCUUCAGUUACACCGUGUGGGUGGUGAUGUUGUGUGCUAACCUGGGCGUGGCCAUCCUCCUCGCCUAUAACAACUGCAUCAAUCCGAACGAGUGGGGUGGGUUGGCUAAACGAGGGGAGGUCGAAGAAGAAGAAGGGAAAAAUCUCAACUUCCUGAACAGCUUGUGGAGCGUGUGGGGGGCUUACGUCGCAGCUGGUCCCGAGUUUCUACCGCGCUCUUUCGCCGGACGAACUCUGGCAUCUUUGUGGUUUUUCGUCUGCCUCGUCGCCAUUUCUUCGUACACCGCGAACCUGGCCGCCUUCCUGACCAAAACCAACCUGGACCGGCAGAUCUCGUCUCUGCAGGAUCUAGCCAACAGCGACUACAGGUUCGGGGCUCUGGAGAGGAACACCAUCGUCAAAUUCCUGAUGAACAGCACCGACGAACCCUACAAGACCCUCGGGAGGAGGCUGAAGCGCUGGAAAGGGGAGGUUCUGCUCGAUUCUCGUGAGAAGCUGCUGAAGAAAGCCGAGGAGGAACGAUUCGUCUUCAUCGCAGACAAUGAGAACCAGUUUCGUGUGAAGGAGGAGCUCUGCAACCUGAUCGUGGUGGGAGAGAGGUUCUUCCGCUCCCCCACCGCCCUGAUGUUCCCUCGCGGCUCGCCGUUCGUGACGGAGUUUAACCGGCAGAUCUUGCUGUUCCGGGAGGAGGGGGUCAUGGACAUCCUCCGGGACCGCUACCUGAACGUGCCCGGGGAGUGCUCCACAAAGUAUGUAGCCCAAGACGACGGCCAGCUGCAGAUAGAGAGCUUCAUCGGGCUGUUCUACCUGCUGCUGAUCGGGGUGGCGCUUUUCCUCAUCGUCGGAUUGGUGGAGAUUCUUUUCUUCUUCGCUCGAGGAAGGAAGGAUGGGAAGAAUGACGACGAGAAGAAAGACGACGCAACGGACGAGAAUUUUCACAUAAAUGGCGGAUUGAAUCCGAUCUAUUUGUAGCAGAUAGAACAGAAAUAAGCACAAAUUGUGCCGAAAGAAUCAUCAUCUUAUCAACUUCUUACUACACUCUACUAGGUGGACUUUUUUGAUUUAUCUUUUUUUCUGACAGCAUAUCAGUUCUGUUGUACUCAGUUUCUCGGAUUUUCUCUAUAGAAAAAUGAUUUAAAAAAGCACAUUGUAAGCUCCAAAGUGCCCGCCUCGCAGAGUCUUCUAAGGCCUACGUCACAUGUUCUACCCGGGGACCGGGCGGGCUGUUUGCGGAAACGAAAAAGUUUAUGCCAGUAAAUAUGCGCGUGUAGAAGGCAUGCUGUUGAAUCAAUUUUGGCCCGUUUUGUGUUCCCCCAAACUGCCCGGCCGGGCCCCUUUGCAGAAAUGUAACGUUAGCCUAUAUAUAUGAAUUAUUCACAUUUUCGAAUCAAGUACAACAGAUUUCAAGAGACUAGAUGCUACAAACAUCUUUAGAUGUCAGAACUCCCAUAAUGCAAAAAUAGGCAAAUAUAUCAAGGACUGCUCUGCUAUUAGAAAGAAUACCGUAACUAAUGAUUAGCCUACUACAUUGUAAUAUUAUGUCAAAGAAUUAUGUUAGCCCUUAUUGUUAUGUUAACAAGGUUGUUAAGCUCUAUCCUAUACCUCUAUGUUGUACUAUUGUGUAAUACUUUUGUACUAUUGUGUAAUAGUCGUUGCCAUACGUUGUUCCAUGUACAAUUGUAAUUUG